AUGGAGCCCCACCUGCUCUGGAGCCUUGCCGAGAAACAGUACCCUUGUCCGGGAAGAGUUGAGCAUCAAUUAGAAGUUUCCAGUGAGGAAAAAAACCAAUACACCUAUUCUGAACUUGACAGGAAGGUUUCAGAACUUGCUUUUCGUCUCCAUCGACAUGGCGUUGGUCGAGACAGCCUUGUUGGCGUGUUUCUGGGAUGCAGCGCAGACUACCUGAUUGCUUGUUUAGCAGCCCUUCGUGCUGGUGGUGCGUUUCUUGUCCUCGAACUUGCUUAUCCCCCAAACCUCCUCACUGAUGUCAUCGACGAUUCGAAUCCCGCCGUGGUAAUCACGAACCAAAGGCAGGCGGAAAAAAUAAAGGCAGGCACCCCAUUAAUAGUCCUCGACAAGCAGCAGAAAGAACCCCUGCCGCCUACGAACGAAUUGCCGCAAUUACCUACUGAAGAUGAUUUGGAACGACUAGCACAUCCGGCACUUGGGGCCCGUCUCCCAGAUCUGCGCACCUUGUGGCUUAAUGGUGAGGUCGUCACUACUGACUUAGCCCGUCGAGCGAUCAAAGCCCUUCCAAAUUCCCAACUUCUUAGCUGCUACAGUGCCUGUGAAACUCAUGAGAUUGCGUGUGGGGACAUCAGGCAUAUGCUUCAUGACGAGGCCCUUUUCUGUCCUGUUGGUCCACCACUAUACCCAAAACAGACGUAUAUUCUGAAUGAUGAUGGGAAUCCGGUAGAACAUGGGGUGAGUGGGGAACUUUUCGUUGGCGGGACGCUGCUAGCACGGGGGUAUCUAAACCGCCCUGAAACUACUUCUAAGGCCUUCCUCCAAGACCCGUUCGAUCCAGCACCAGGAGCUGUCAUUCACAGAACUGGAGAUACAGCCAAAAUGCUACCCUCGGGGCUUCUAGAAAUUAGUGGUCGCGUCGGAUCUAUGAUCAAGCUUCGUGGUUACUCUGUUGUCCCAGGGAAGGUUGAAAAUGUCAUCAUCAAGCGUCUUGCUGUUAGCGAUUGUGUGGUUAUUGCCCAUGGCGAAGUUGAUCCUCCCACGCUCAAUGGUCAUACGAAAACUGUACGCGCGGUAAGAGACGGUCAUACUGCUGCAUUGCAAGCAGAUCUACCAGCAGUCUUGCGCGUGGACUCUAUCCUUGAGGAGGACAUUCAGCCCUUUGGUGCGAAGGCAAGGUCACUGUCCGAGGCAAGCACAGUGCUCCUUACCGGUGCGACUGGUUUCUUAGGUGCCUUCCUGCUCCACAACCUGUUGGAAACCACGUCCGCCAAAAUAGUGUGUCUUGUGCGUUUCAAUGACCCUUGCGGAGAAGAUAGCCCGGGGGGCGUAGCGAGAAUCCGCAGAAAUCUGCUUGAUCUGGGAUUGUGGCGUGAUUCGAUAAUGGAGCGCGUCGAGAUCCUACCUGGAAAUCUAUCUAGAAAACGCUUCGGUCUUUCCCCUGAGGCCUUCGAAAAGCUUGCUGCCCAUGUCCAUGUCAUCAUCCACGCUGCUGCGACCGUCAACCUGGUAUAUCCGUAUGCCGCGCUACGAGGUGCAAACGUAGGAGGUACAAGAGAGAUUUUGCGCUUGGCUUGUCACUCUGGUGCUACAGUACAGUAUGUAUCAACAAAUGGAGUGCUGCCGCCAUCUCUAAAAUGCUGGCCCGAGGAUGCCAUGCUUGAUGUGUCUAAAGUUCCGCAAAGACUGCUUGACAGUUAUGGUCAGACCAAAUGGGUGGCAGAACAGCUUGUGCUCGAGGCAGGUCGUCGUGGACUGCCAGUUGCGAUAUAUCGAGCGGGAACAAUAAGUGGCCACAGCACCACGGGCGCAGGAAACGCGUGGGAUCUCCUAUCUGCAUUAGUUGUGAAAUCGAUCCAUCUCGGUUAUGCGCCCGACGUAGAAGGGUGGCGAGCAGAGAUGACUCCAGUGGACUUCGUUAGCAAAGCAAUCGUCCAUCUCUCCAAUCAGAUUCACACGAAUCGUCUCCUGUUUCAUCUCGGUGACACGGACCCUGUCGACACACGGUCCAUCUUCGAGAACCUCAAGGACCUAGAUUACCCAACUCAACACCUCGGUUGGGAGGACGGGAUGCCAACUGUGGACUUCCUCAAGGGCAUUGUUGUCUUGAGCAACAAUGAAACCAAGCCUUUCCAUGCGGGUGUCCAACGGCCCAAAGUGGACAUUAACUUACUGGAAAUCUACACUCGUUAUUGGUUUGCCCGAGGGUGGCGCCCUCACUCCCCUUCCCGUAAACAUUGUCUCAACAGAAUUGCGCAUCCACCACCCAAAGACCUACUAAGCGGUCGGGUUGCAGUUAUCACUGGUGCAUCUUCCGGCAUUGGUGCGGCUGUUGCUGCCGGCCUAGCCCGGGAAGGAGCCCACGUUGCUCUCGGUGCACGGCGCAUGAAAGUCCUUGAAGCCAUCAAGAGCUCCCUUCCUCUCCGCUACAACAAAGCAAUCAUCCGACAAACCGACGUAACAGACAAGUCACAGGUGGAAGCACUAGUUCGUGCAGCCCAUGACGAGCUAGGUCCUGUGGAUGUCCUCGUCGUUUGCGCUGGAGUCAUGUAUUUUACGAUGAUGGCAAACACGCAGAUGGAGGAGUGGGAUCGCACUGUGGAUGUCAACUGCAAGGGCCUCCUACAUUGCCUUGGAGCCACCGUGCCGUCAAUGCUCUCGCGUGGCAGAGGCCAAAUUGUCGCCAUAUCAUCUGAUGCCGGUCGUAAAGUGUUCCCUGGGCUAAGCGUCUACUUCGCCAGCAAAUUUUUUGUCGAAGCCACGCUACAAGGGUUGCGACUGGAAACAGCGGGGAAAGGACUGCGUAUCAUGAGCGUCCAGCCAGGAAAUACAGCCACCGAUCUCCUAGGGAUGUCUACUGAUGCCGAGGCAAUUAAACAAUAUGGUGAGCUAUUAGGAGCGAAGAUCCUAGAUCCGGAAGAUGUAUCAAACUCGAUAAUUUAUGCUUUACGGCAACCCGAGCACGUAGCUGUGAAUGAAGUGUUGAUUGAACCUCGUGAUGAACCUAUUUGA